UGACCGCCUACGACAACACCAAUCCCCUCUCCUCGCCCACUUCUUCGUCGCAACACGGUCUCGUGCCAUCAUCGGCACUUUUACACUCUAUCCCGCAGUCUCUAAACAGAUACCUGGGAGCUGAACGCUCUGCAAACACUGCCCGUUCCUGUUUCGUCGCCCGCGCCGCCACAACCAUGGCGCUCGAUACCUUUUUCCACAACAAGAUCGAGAGUAUGAAGCUCGAGAUUAUACAAGGGCAAGCGGUUCUCCGGAGACUGGAGGCUCAGCGGAAUGACUACAACUCGCGGGUGCGGUUACUGCGAGAGGAGCUCGGUCUUCUACAGCAGCCCGGGUCCUAUGUCGGCGAGGUCGUGAAGGUCAUGGGCACGAAGAAAGUGCUUGUCAAGGUACAUCCAGAGGGCAAAUAUGUCGUUGACAUCUCCGACAAUGUGGACAUCAGCAAACUCACUGUCGGCAAGCGCGUCACCCUCCUCAGCGACUCAUACAAGCUCGAAAAAAUGCUGCCAUCAUCUGUCGAUCCCCUCGUCUCGCUAAUGAUGGUAGAGAAAGUUCCCGACAGCACUUACGACAUGAUUGGUGGCCUGGAUCAACAAAUCAAAGAGAUCAAGGAGGUCAUCGAGCUUGGUCUGCAGCAUCCCGAACUCUUCGAAUCCCUCGGUAUCGCGCAACCAAAAGGUGUCUUGCUCUACGGCCCGCCAGGGACAGGAAAGACACUACUCGCUCGUGCUGUAGCCCAUCACGCCGACUGUAAAUUCAUUCGAGUCUCCGGAAGCGAGUUGGUACAGAAGUACAUUGGUGAGGGCAGCCGCAUGGUUCGAGAACUGUUCGUCAUGGCCCGAGAACACGCUCCAAGUAUCAUCUUCAUGGACGAGAUCGACAGCAUUGGGUCGAGUCGAGUCGAAGGAAGCUCCGGCGGUGACUCGGAGGUGCAGAGAACUAUGUUGGAGCUGCUGAACCAGCUGGAUGGCUUUGAGCCGACGAAGAACAUCAAGAUCAUCAUGGCCACCAACCGCCUGGAUAUCCUAGAUCCUGCGCUGCUUCGACCUGGCCGCAUUGACCGAAAGAUCGAGUUUCCCCCUCCAACCGUCGAGGCACGGGCGGACAUUCUGCGUAUUCACUCGAGGAGUAUGAAUUUGACCCGUGGAAUCAACCUCACCAAGAUUGCGGAGAAGAUGAAUGGCUGCUCUGGCGCUGAAUUAAAGGGUGUCUGUACCGAGGCAGGCAUGUAUGCUUUGAGAGAGAGGAGAGUGCAUGUCACACAGGAGGACUUCGAUCUUGCGACCGCGAAGGUACUCAACAAGCACGAUGACAAGGCGACAAGUUUGAGCAAGCUGUGGAAGUAAGGGACAGCUUCUUGGAUUCAAGGUUUCAGUGCUGCGCUUCUGCCGGCUUUGGAUGGUCGAAUGCUGCAGCACACUCAUGUACUAUCAAGCAUAGCGGAUAUAGACAUCAUUGGGCAGUCCGAUUCUAAUCUGAUCCAAAUCUGAU